UGUACUGAGAUAAUAUUUAACUUCUACACAUUCCAGUAUCUCAGAUAUUAAAUACAAUGGCGCGUGAAAGCGUCGUGUUCGGAGCUGCGGAGUUGAUUAAAGAUCGCUUAUACUUCGCAACUCUCAGAGGAAAACCGAAAAGUACAGCGACCACACACUACUUUUGCACGGAUGAUGAGUUUGUCUACGAAAACUUCUACGCAGACUUUGGCCCUCUCAAUCUGGCCAUGUUGUAUCGAUACUGCUGUAAACUGAACAAGAAGCUCAAGUCAUUCACUCUUUCCAGGAAGCGCAUCAUUCAUUACACCAGCUACGACCAGCACAAGAGAGCCAACGCCGCCUUUCUGAUUGGCGCCUACGCUGUAAUAUAUCUAAAGAGAACUCCAGAGGAAGUUUACCGAGCCCUGGUGUCUGGGACUAACGUGUCUUACCUGCCCUUUAGAGACGCUGCCUUUGGGAACUGCCCCUACAACCUCACCAUCUUGGACUGUUUACAUGGAAUCCGUAAGGCACUGCAGCAUGGGUUCUUUGACUUUGAGACAUUUGACGUUGAGGAGUACGAACACUAUGAGCGUGUAGAAAAUGGUGACUUUAACUGGAUUGUGCCGGGGAAGCUGCUGGCCUUCAGUGGGCCUCAUCCUAAGAGCAAACUCGAGAACGGGUUCCUGCUCCACGCCCCAGAAGCGUACUUCCCUUACUUCCGGCAGCACGACGUCAGCGAUGUGGUUCGGCUUAACAACAAGAUAUACGAGGGAUCGCGGUUUACAGACGCAGGCUUCGCGCAUCAUGACCUAUUCUUUGUGGACGGCGGGACACCGAGCGACAUCAUCAUCCGGCGCUUCCUGCACAUCUGCGAGACGUCCGAGGGUGCCGUCGCCGUGCACUGCAAAGCUGGUCUCGGCAGGACAGGCACCCUGAUUGGCUGCUACCUCAUGAAGCAUUACCGCUUCACGGCUGCAGAGGCCAUUGCCUGGAUUCGGAUCUGCAGGCCCGGCUCGGUCAUCGGCCCCCAGCAGAACUUUCUGGAAGAAAAACAGCAGAGCAUGUGGACGGACGGGGAUCUGUACCGCUCCAAGCAGCCGAGGCCGUGGCAGCACUGCGAGAGAGACCUGGCUCGGCUCAUCUCCAGUCUGGACGACGUGUCGCUCAGCAGCACCAGCCUGAACGCCCUAAGCUCUGACGAGAAUGACCUCAUAGACAGUAGCAUGGUCUUAACUCAGGGAGACAGACUGCGAGCGUUAAAGUGUCAGCGUCCUCUCAGGUCUCCGUCCACGCUCGGUAGGUUACGUCUGAUACCUGGCACCAUUUCUCCCUCGAAGUCUUCCAAAGCUCCUCUUUUCUCCAGCAGCCCUGUGACGAGGCGACAGGCUCGGAGCCCAUCAUCUGCUGGAAAUAUGAAAAGCUUUAAACCCGGCUUGGCCCGCUCCCUCGGCAACCUGUACAGCCUGGAUGACUUCCCCGACGACGACGCAGCGCAUUCCUACCCCUCCCCCUCUCCGGCACCGUUCUCUCCAUCUUCACUCCGUCCCUCAGGCCCUCCUCCGCCCCAUUUCGGCUUCGGAUACCCUGUCCCAGGUUUCCAACAGGAAGAUAACAACAACCUCAGGCCCAUCAUGAGAGGAAACUUCAGACCAAACCCCAGAGGUCCUGCCCCGGGAACGCUCGCAGGCCGCCAUCUCAGCCGCUCUAUUCCUUCCCUUCGUUCCGAAUACAUGAAAUACUAAACCCUGCGGUGACGCGCUGCCUCGUGGACUGGAGGAAAACAUCUCUUGGAGAAGCUACUAAAUGUCUCAUGGAGCAUCUGCAGCAUGCUACGGCAAACAAAUAAAACAUCGAUCCACUGAUUAUUGUUUUAAAACCUUGUCAUGUUGUUUGUAUUUCUGUAUAUUUUCAUAUGUGGUAGGGGUAGCUUAGUGGUUAAGACAUUGGAAAAGUGAUCGGAAGGUUCCAGGUUCAAACCCCCCCCACCAACAAGUUGCCACUGAAGGGCCCUUGAGCAGAAAUGUAAGUCGCUCUGGAUAAGGACGUCUGCCAAAUGCUUAAAUGCAAUGCAAAUAUAUAAUACACAAACGCACACACAUCAAACAAGUAUGGCUUAGUUAUUUAACAUAUUGCAAAUUUUUGCGACUUUAGAUCUUGUCAGGAGAACUAAAUCUGCCCGGUCAUUGGCUGCUGUUGCUCAUGUACUAGUAAUGUCUUUUGUCAGUUGCUUUUAUAUAAAAGGAAAAAUCAUGUCAUUAUUAAUUCAUUAUUUCUACCAACAUGUCCAUUAGAGUUUAAGUGUAAACCAUUUACACAACCUGCUCCAUUUACAGUUAGACAAACUUGCAAUUUGGGAAGCUGGAUGUCAUCGGUCAAAAAGGUGGUGAUUAAUGUUCAGGAAGUCUUCAAGUUUUGUGGUUUCUCUUCAGUUCACAUAUCCCAGUUAGGAAGUAGGGGUCAGAGCACAGGGUCAGCCUGGAUAUAGCGCCCCCUGCAGCAAAUAGGGUUAAUGUCCUUGUUUAAGGAGCUUAACAUAUGCAGCUUGGCAGUUGCUGGGGUUCAAACCCCCAAAUGUUCGAUCCGCUAUCCAAAGCCAUAACCGUUUGAGACACCACUGCCCCUGAAGGCAAACCGAUGUGGUAUGAAAGUGUUCAGGAUCUGCUGGUGCUGCUUUAAGUAGGCGAAGUAUAUGAAGUGGUACAAACAGUAAUAACACAUUAAUAAUCGUAAUCACACCUGGAUGAUGUGAGAAAAAUAUAAUAUUAGAAAAAUGUUGGUUCUUGCCACAGGACUAAUUAUGAUGCUAAAAAAACUACAAUGAGUUGUACGAUAUCAGGGUGUGUGUGUGUAUGCAGGUCUGCAUGAUAACUGACACUUUUUUUUGUUAUAAAAAGCAUUUUGAUUUGUACAACACAUUUUUUGCACAGAUAUUUAACGAUUAUACUGAAAGUGACUGGAAUUAAACGUGGACAGGAGAAACGACCUAAGCAUGUCGUCAUCAUAAGAGCAUCCAAACAGUGUGUAAGAACAGUGUUACUAUGGCAACAGUGACCGGAGUGCUAUUAAAGUGUGCCAUUCUGAUACCCCCCCCCGAUCGAUGCAAAGACGUCACAGGAAGAGACAUUUAGGAUUGUUCGCACCUGAGGGGCAAACCUUCAAAAGUUUUGGCGCCCUUCGGAUAGGCCGGAUAUUUGCCAAGGGUGCAUUUACUUUUGGAUCUGACUGUAAAACUUUGUUUUGCGUUUAUGUCUGAUGAUUGUACUGGGCAUUGUGUCCUAUACACACAGUGCACAUGCUCACUUGUAUCCCUUUAUAAAAGCUUUCUCAAAGAAUCUUGAGCUGUAAAUUGUGCAAAAGAAGUUGAAAUA